UCAUUCAAUCAUCUUCUUAUUAUCUCCUUCUUUGUCUUAUAACUCUUUAUUACUUAUAAUAGUUAUAGAUCAUCAUCAUCAUAAAAUUAAUAUGUCAAAAUCAAUAGAACUCCCUAAUUGCACCUAUCCAUGUGAACCAGUCACUAUUAUUCCUCCAAGUGCUCCAACGCCAAAACAUUCUCUCUAUCUUUCCAAUCUCGAUGACCAAAAAUUUCUUAGAUUUUCAAUAAAGUAUGUGUACAUUUUCAAGAAAUUAGUGAACAUGAAUCACUUGAAAUCUUCUCUGGCUAGAGUUUUGGUGGAUUAUUACCCUUUAGCAGGGAGGUUGAGAAGAUGUUCAUCUAAUUUGGACGAUGAUGGUGAUGAUGAGAAGAAACUUGAGGUGGAUUGCAAUGGAAAAGGUGGUUUGUUUGUUGAAGCUUUCAUGGAUAUUACUGCAGAUGAAUUGGUUGAACAUUCUAAGUUUCCGAAUAAAUCAUGGAGGAAGUUUUUGUAUAAGGUGGAAUCUCAGAGUUUCUUAGAUGUUCCUCCACUUAUUGUUCAGUUAACAAGUCUCAGUUGCGGGGGAAUGAUUCUCUGCACCGCAAUCAACCACGCUCUAUGCGACGGAGUCGGAACAUCUCAAUUUCUCCAUGCAUGGGCACAUCUCACCACAUCCCCUCAAACCAAUCUAACCAUCCAACCCUUCCACUCACGCCACGUGUUACACCCACGACAACCACCCACCAUAAACCUCCACAACCCCGCAUACACCAGAUCCCAGCCAAACCCUCAAAUAAACCUCCACAAAUCAAUCCAAUCACAACCUUUAGUACCCACAUCCUUUACCUUUAAUUCCACCCAUAUCGUCUACUUAAAAAAACAAUGCAUCCCAUCACUAAAAUGCACCACUUUUGAAAUAAUCGCUGCACACACGUGGCGUUCUUGGAUUCGUUCAUUAAAUCUACCAUUGCCAUACAAGUUAAAUGUGAAGCUACUUUUCUCUGUUAAUUUUCGCUCCGUUAUGAAUUUACCAAAAGGAUAUUACGGAAAUGGAUUUUUAUUAGCGUGUGCCGAAAGUAAAAUAGAGGAUUUAGUGGGAAAUAAUAAUAACAAUCUCCACUAUGUUGUGAAGUUAGUACAAAAAGCAAAAUCAACGGUGAAUGACGAGGAGUAUAUAAGAUCAACAGUUGAUUUGUUGGAGGAUAAAACGGUAAAAACCGAUGUUUCGACUAGUUUGGUUAUAUCGCAAUGGUCAAAACUGGGGUUAGAAGAUGUGGAUUUUGGAGAGGGGAAAGCGUUACAUAUGGGUCCUUUGACUAGUGAUGUUUAUUGUUUAUUUUUACCGGUGAUUGGUGGUGGUGAUGGUGUGAGAGUGGUGGUUUCUGUGCCGGAGAGUAUGGUGGAGAGUUUUGAGUAUCAGAUGAGUGGAAAUUGGGAGAAGAAAAUGGAGGAUGAAGAUAUGGUUAAGAAUGGAUUUCAUGCGAAUGAGAUUUCGUUUUUGUGAAAUUGAGUUGUUUUUUGUUUUGAUUUUGUUUGGUUUUUGUUUUGAAAGGUUUUGUUAUAUCUUUUCCAUUGUGCAAGUUUUUGUAAUAGUAAGAGUUAUGUGUAUACAGACACCGUGUUCAAACUAGUGUGUUUGAAUACCGAGUGGAAAAUAAGAAUCAUAAAAGAAUUCAAAAGUGUAAGAAAUUUUAAGUCUAAAAAGCAUUCCUGCUUUGAAAAUAUGAUAGAUAAUGAGUGUAAAUAAAAAUAAGUGAUUAAUCUCACUCACACU